AUGGAGACUUGUCAUUUUGGAGAGUUUCCUUAUGAAUUUUUGCUCACUGAUCUGUUGAAUGAUUCUUUGGUAGAAAGUUCUCCAGAUGCAAAAAGUUUUGUCAUCGAAAAAUUGCUUUCGAAUAUCGAUGGGUUGAAAGAGUAUUUGUCUCUUGACACUUUAUUCAUUUUGAAGAAGAUUAAUCGGAUCGAAAACCAAGUUUGCUCAGAGAAUGUCAGAAAAAUAAUCAAUGAAUUUAUGGCUCAGAAUUUUGAACAGAUUGUACCGAUGGAUGAAUUUAUCGAAUUGGGAAAAGAUGAAAUUUUUUUCUUGUUCAAAUCUCGGGAAACGAAAUAUUCUUCAGAGAAAAUUAAAUGGGAAGCUGCACUAAAGUGGACCAAACAAAGACGUCAUAAUCAGAAAAUUUUUCCAGACUUGUUCGAGUUGAUAAAACUUGAGGAAUUUUCUGAGAAUUUUAUUCGGCAAACAGUUAGAAAUGAACCUUUAGUUAAAGAGUCGCAUAAGUGUAAAGAUUUAUUGCUUGAUGUUGUCUAUGCCAGGGCCCCUGUGGCUCAACUGGUCCCACAUAUUGCUGUAUCAUCAAAGACUGGUAUAAAGGCUCUGAAUCUCCAAACAAAUCAAUGGUCUAGUUUGCAGUUAGAUUAUGAAGUUGACAUUUAUCUUGUCAAUGCUGAGGGAAGAUUGUAUGCUUCAGAUGGGAAUGAAUUGUGUUUGCUACAAGAUGGCCGAUGGAUUAAAAAAGCCAAAGUUGAAAAGAAGGGUGAUAGAUGGGAUAAUAUGGUUUAUCUCAAGGGUGGGAUUUAUGGUAUUAGCCGUGAACAGCAUACAAUGCGAUAUGACAUUGCUAAAGACAGAUGGGAUAAGAAUUUGCCUUCAUGUCCACUUGGUUAUGGUUAUUCUGCUGCUGCCUCUGAUGAGUUUAUAUAUGCGAUGGGAGGUUGGCCAACAGAAAGAGAAGCAAAAGUAUACGAUCCAGAAACGAAUAAAUGGUCUUCCCUGCCACAGAUGAUUCAAGCAGCAUAUAAUAGUGCAGCAGUCGUUUUUCAAAGUAUGGUUUAUGUACUGGGAGGUUGGAAUUUGAUCAGCACUCACAACCUUGUUCAAUGUUAUAACCCGGUUGUUCGCUCAUGGACAGAAAUUGCAAAAAUGAAGAUGAAUAGAGGUUGGUUCAGUGCAUGUGUUGUUGACAAUAAAAUGUUUGCAGUUGGUGGUGCUAAAGGUAAAGGCCGGACCAAGGAUUCUAUUGAAACCUUCAAUAAAGAAAUCGGUGAAUGGAAAAUAGUCUGUAAAAUGGAUCGGCCUAAUGGGGCAGGAUGGCCUGAGGUAGAAUGGGUUUAUUGCUGUUGCUAUGCUCGAUAGAUUCGUAAUCGGUGAUAAAAGUAGUUGUAAAUUGAAUUUUAAUAAAAUAUUCUCAUUUUUUUUAAACAGGUUACUAAUUUUUUUAACUUUUCUAUUGAGUCAUUGGUGUUGAUUUAACGCAAUGAACUUUCCCAGGUAUAUAUCCGACAAUACUAGCUGUAUCAGUCACUGUAAUUUCUAGUUUCAUCAGUCUUAAUUUGAUAGUUUAAAUUUGUCAUAAAUUUUUAGAUUCCCAUUGACUUCCUCAAUAUCCAUUUACAAUUUGAUAUGAAUUUUGGUACACAGUCGUUAAAUUUGUCUGAGAUAACAAUAUUUUUAAAACUUAGUUUCCGACUUUACAAAUUACAUAUCGAACCUUGGGUGUCGCUGCUCGAUAACCAGUUUUUUGUCUCAGCGACUUCCUUUCCCCGGUAAAAAUGUGUAUUGAAUUUUAUUUUUUUCUCAAUUUCGUAUUUUAGGUUUUACUGGAUGGAAAAAAUAAAUCUGACUAUGACUAUUUUAGCUUCACUAAUUAUUCCACAACCCUAUUGUGUUAUAGUUUACUCAAUAUUCCACGGUUCAGUAAGUGAUUGAUGGAACGCAUUAACUAAAUAACUGUAGUUCUAGAUAAAGAUCAUCUCAUUAAGUCAUUGGCAAUAAUAUAACUGUAACAAACCCUUAAUGAACAAAAUGUUGGAUUUUCAUUUGUUAUCAAGUUUUCACUUUUAAGGUUAAAUUUGACCACUUAUUUUAUAUAUUAUACAUGCGUAUUUGCAUUGUCAUUUAUUGAAUUUUUUAUGAUUCAUGUCACUCAUAUUCUGCAACUAAUAUGGAAUACUAAAUUUCAGUUUUUGUGAGAUAUUUUAUUAUUUUGUAUUCAUUUAUUAUACUGUUCAAUUUCAUGUUAUCUCCAUAAUACUCUAUUUGUAAUGUCAUAGUUCGUCCAAUUGUGUAUUCUGUAGGAAAGAAUGAUGAAAAGUUUUUUCCACGCUGAAAAAUAGGUAAUGCUAAAAAUGAAACAAUUGUGAGAAGUUGAAUUUUGUUUUGAAUGCUUUUGUGAGUCACUUUCUUUAAUCGCUAAUUACAGUUCUCGUAUAUUAGCUUUGAUAUAUAUAUUUGAUAUAUUGCUGUUUUUCUAGUUUUCAAUUUUAUUGUGCACUGUUCGGGCAAGCUGUGAAUCUUCAUAACUCUAUAAUUACAAUUUGUAAUAGGCUUAAGUUUUAUCGAACUGGUUUUGUAGCUAUCUUCACAUUAUUCUCAGGGCUUUUAUUGCCCACGUUUCACUGUAAUAGUAAGUUGUGCAAAGUCCUGGAUAUUCUCGUUUUCUUACAUAUUUCAUUUUUAAUCUGCACUUAAUACUAUACUUACUUUUUAUAUUAUCUUUUUUUGGAUUCUCAGAACACUUCA